AUGCUCCAAAGACUCUCGACGCGCUCAACGCUGCUGAUCGAGCUGAUGAAUGAGUGGGUGACUCAUCAGAAACCUACAGGCGCUCUGGGAUUACUAUUAGAACCUUUAGUUGUUUAUUACGCUGAAGGAAAAACGAGAUCGUGCAAAACAAAUCGUCCAACACUAAAAAUGAUGCUUGCAGAUCGGGAAGAUUCAAAACAGCCUUGGGAAAUGUCCCCCAUUUUAGAGGCAACUACACUCGUUACAGCAACUCAACUCUACGAUCGUUACAUUCUCACAGUGAUUUUUCUCACAAUUCCGUCUGCAGUUUUCGAGAAUCGAAGAAGGUUCGCCCAAAUCGUUCAAGCACUGUUUUGCCCUGAACCAAAUCACGGCCAUGCAAACGACCCAAAAUUGUCAGUCAUCAUUUCAUCUGCAACCACUUCCUCCGAAUCGUCUUCUGCUCUAUAUCCAUCUCUCUGUUCGUCUCUUUCUUCCCUUCCCAUAUUUCAUUGCAACAAAACCAAAACCUAUUUCAGAAUUAUUGUUUUCUAUGUUGUCUGUUGCACAGAAGUGUUUCCCUAUCAUAGGGAGGCGCUUACUUGUCAACUGUGCGUUAUUCAGCGUGUUGUCCGUUUCUACUCUCAACGGAGUAAAUGCCCGCCGAUUAGUCAAACGAGUCCAGAAUUGCUCCAUUAUUGGCAUCCGACGAAAAACAUCAAUAUUACGCCAGAUGACGUGUCUAUUAAGUCGUUUGACAAGGUUUGGUGGAAAUGUCCCAAAGGAGUGGAUCACGAGUGGGAGUGCAGUGUUCGCUACGCGUUAAAAAGCGACGGGAAAACAGUGAACUGUCCGUUUUGCUUCAAUAAGCGAGUUUCUAUUACAAACUCCCUCGCAACACGUUAUCCGGAAAUCGCAGCGCAGUGGCACCCGACAAAGAACGGGAGCCUUCUUCCAUCGCAGGUGACGUAUGUCAGCAAUACCGCCGUCUGGUGGCAGUGCGAUCGCGAUCCAUCACAUGUUUGGAAGCGAGAGAUCCGCAAGCGUGUUCAUCCAUUAACUGCCUCGCAAGACGUUGCCUUCCCCGAGAUCGCCAAGGAGUGGGAUUACGAGCGAAACGGCGAAUUAGUUCCUUCCGAUGUGAGCAAAUCCUCCUCUGCCGUGGUGUGGUGGAAGUGCAGCAAAGGCCACGAAUGGCGGACCAGCGUGAAUAAUCGAACCUCCUCGCACCACAGCGGGUGUCCGAUCUGCAAGGGGCACGAAAUCUCGCUCGAACGAUCGCUGGCUUAUCAGUAUCCAGAGCUGGCAGUGCAGUGGCAUCCAACAAAGAACCUCCCGUUGCUGCCAAGCACAGUGUUUCCUUACUCCAAUCGAUCGGUGUGGUGGGUCUGCAAUCUGAACAGGCCGUCGAAUGACAGUUCGGAAGAGACGGUGCAGUUCGGAAACUUCUCUCCAUCAGCGAAUGUGUGCGUAGGAUGCGGCCAGGAAUGGCAGGAAUCGAUCAAGAAUCGAGUAUCGAAGUAUAAGGGAAGUCACAAUCUUUUGUGUCCGACGUGCUCAACGAAGAACCGAAAGCAGACGGUCAAUUCGCGGAGUAGUCCAAAGAAGCCAUCCGAAUCGAAGAAACUGCGGAAGAUUCGGAUCGUGGGAGGCAAUGACAAUCAAGAAGUCAUUAUGGUCUCCGCUUCGGAUUAUGAGAAUUUGAUCGCUCUGGGAUCCCAGUGGUGA